AUGACAAUGGCGGAACGCUCGCCCACUAAAACCGCACUCCGGAAAAAGGCCGCGUCGGUGAGAGACUUGGACGAAGCGGAAGUUCGUGGAGUCUUCAACACUGCAUAUACAGAUGAGACGGACGGGGGGGACGCUGAAGAGUUUCAAGGAGGGGGGUGGUUUAUGGUGAAGAAUCCAGAGUUUACUAAACAUAAAGUGGAAUUCAUGGAAGAGGUUGGUUGGUUCAAUAAUUACGAGGCAAUUAUUUUCAAUGUCGUGUAUUUGCGACGGAAAGUGUUCAAAACCGGUGUACCUCUCAUAAUUACUUUGUUUUAGCUUUAUUUUGUGGUUUAUACAGUUUGCAACCUUUUUAAUACAAUUGACCAUUUGCGUAAUAGACUAAAUUUUGAUCUGAACAAGUCUAGACAAAAAUUUCAUCACAGCUUGAAAGAGCAUCACCAAAUUAGUAAUAUUCCAAAGUUUCGUUGCGAAAUGUUGUAAAAUGCGGAUAAUAUAGCCUUUCGAAAUUUGCAAUUUUCAGUUAUUUUAGAUUACAAACGGGAAAUUGACAGCCCCAAACCCUUCGAGGCUGUCAAUUUCCCGUUUGUAACCCAAAAUGACUGAAAAUUGCAAACUUCGCAAGGCUAUAUUAUUAUUUAUUAUAUGGAUAUGAGUAAAAUACCGUAAAAUACGCCACUGAUAUUUCCCGUAUUUCACUAUAGUGAAAUAUGAAAUCAUAUCUUACGCGGGAACGUCUCGCGCGGGGCCCACGCUAAUUCCCGCCAUUUUGCCGUUUCUGUUUUGAAUAUUCAAUAUGGCAAAUUCUCGACAUUUUGUUAAUGUUUCCGACGCUGAUUUGGCAAGGUUUUCUGAAGAAAAUGAAAAUGAAAACACAAAAAGGAAGACUAAGUCCGAUUUGGCGAUCUUCAGCGACUAUUUAGCCUCUAUAAACGAGCGGAGAGACAUAACAUUGUUGCCGUACGGUGAGCUACAAAACAUCUAGUUGAUGAAAUUUAUUUUGGACAUAUAAUAAAAAGAACAUUUCACGGUGGCUUUGGAAAUAUGACUUUUAUUUUCUCGUGUUGAAAACAAUAUUUUACUCACUCGCUGCGCUCGUUCGUAAAAUAUUGUUUUCACCACUCGAAAAUAAAAGUCAUAUUUCCGCGCCACCGUGAAAUAUCCUCUAUAUAUUAGUUUUGAGCCCGUGUUACGUAACAUACAAAAGAUUCCUCUCUUAAACUGUUCUUCUUGUCUUUUAGGUCAAAAACUCGCCCUGGUAUUAUGGAAAGAUUUCGCGUGAAAGAGCAGAAGAAAUCCUUAAUGACAAUGUGUCCGCUGGCACGUUUAUAGUCCGCUCGGGGCUGAAGGAGACUGAGUUCUACAUUAGUGUCCGAGCGCCCGAAGGCGGCCCAAAAGUGCGCCAUAUCGAGGUCGACCGCUACCAGAACGACUUCGUCGCCGCGCUGGGAUCUAACGAUGAUGCUAUAGGCUUUCCGACCAUCGGAAAACUUAUCGAGUAUUUACGGUCAACUCCGAUUCAUUUUGACGGAUGUGAAAAUGAUGUUUUGCUGACAGACUUUGUGGACAGACUUGGGAUUACUAUUUUGUGA